AUGAUAAAUACAUCAAUUGACCAGAAUAGCCUUAAUAUCAUUAGGCAAUCUUAUCCUUUAACUCUAUACAAGACAUCCAAAGCCCGCAAAAUUGUGAGCUUGAAUGGCUUUAUCUCAAACAUUUAUACCUGUGUGUGUUUCAAUACUUAUUUAUGUGCCGUAUUUCUUGCCCAAUAUCUGGCUGUCAUCAGUAACAUUGUGAUUUUGACGGCAUUUGAGCCGACAAUUAACUUCAAAGCCCAUACCCAUAUUGCUGAAAAUCUUGGUGACAUAAAAGAGACUUUAAGAUUGCGAAAUGAUAUUGUAUCUUUAAAUGCUCUACUAUAG